UCAGUGUUGUCUUCAAUCUCAAAGCUGAAGGAAACGCAAAUUCAAACAAACAGAAGUUGAACGAACAACCACUCCUGCUGCUCUUCGGUCAUCGGAAUUUCUCUUCACUUUUCUCUGCAACUGCAAGCACUCUCUCCACUUUGAAUCCAAAUUAAACCCCAUAAACUGGUUUGCAGCUCAUCGAUUGACAAGUUCGGGAACUUAAACCAGCAAUUUGGUGCAGCUAUAUGAAAUUAAUUGGAAAUUAUACAGUAAAUAAUACUGGUGUUUCUGGAGUCAAAUAUAAUAAUUUAUAUUAAGGAUGUGUUGUGUGUUCUGCCUUGUUAUUUAAUUUUAUCAUUAUACUUUUGAGUCACUUUUAUGAACAUCAAGAAAAAUGUUUAUGUUUAUUUCAACCUGUGAGUUAGUUGUAGAGGAAGUAUUCCAUAAGUAUUUACGAUGCUGUCUUACAUGAAAGAGUUUUUAUCCCUUUUCAAGGUAUAUUCAAGUAGGUUUAUAAGUAGAUUAGAUUAGUUGCAUCUAAUUUAAACAAGGGUUUCAGGUUUAUAUCUGGUAACAGAAAAUUUUACUUAUUGAGAUUUGCAAGUGAAUGGUGAAUGUGAGUGCUCUCCUUGUCUGGUUUGUUAGUGUGGAAUUCAUUAUCAAUAUCAUUGUUCCUCGAUUUUGUCUAUCUAAUUCUCUGCUUUGGAGAAAUUCAUUGCUUUUUUGUUGUGUUGAUUGUGGAGAUGACAUCUAAGUACAUUUUGAAUGUAAUUGGAAUUGUGCUAAACUUGUUACAAUGGAAGUUUCUUAACUAGUUUAAAUAAAUUACCAUUGUUUGAUGUGUUUGAAAUCAUGGUAUCUAUGCGGAUCUCAGGGCUAUCCAAUGCUUGAACUUCAUGGAAAACAACUGCUGGCAUUUUCUUGUUGAUAACAACUUUGCCGUCCUUAACAUUUUCUUGCUGACAACUUUCUUCCAUUUCUCAGCGAGCUGGCUUAUGAUGUCAUGAAGAGCGAUUUGCCCUUAAAGGAUCAGGAUGAUGUGAAGUCCACUAAUCUUGGUUUUCCUACGUCUAAAAUUGUAGUAAGCCAAAAUGGCGCAGCAGAGACUCCUGUGCCCGAUUCAGGUUCAGUUUCAGUGUCUAGCAAUGGCAACGGGAAAGUUUCCCGUGAGGAUAUUGAAUUUGUCCAAAAUUUGAUUGAACGGUGUCUCCAGCUGUAUAUGAAUAAAGACGAAAUUGUCGAGAACCUACAGAGUCGUGUUGGAAUAGAUCGUGGAUUCACCAAGUUAGUGUGGCAGAAGCUUGAAGAAGAAAAUGCAGACUUUUUCCGGGCAUACUACACAAGGCUUAAACUGAAGAAGCAAAUUGUUAUAUUCAACCACUUGCUCGAGCAUCAGUCUCGUGUAAUGACGCAUCCGGUGGUUCCUCCGAAGGCUCCUUUGGCUGCAAUGCAGAAAGGUGUUCGUACCCAGGCUGCCAACAGCUUACCCAUUGGAUACCCGAUCAUGCAUCAGCCUCCAAUUCCUUACACCGGACAACCUUGUAUCGAUCCUAUGGUCUACACUGCCCCAAGUUGCCACAUGGUCGAUGGUGCUUCUGCUCUAAGGAAUUUUCAUCUUAUGAGGUUGAACACUGGAAAUGAUUUUGUCUGCAGUGGGGCGAGCACAUUCACAAUGGGUAUGGCUGAGAUAUCUCCAAGCACGACAUUGAGUCCCAGUUCAGCGGCAUCCAGUGGCCAUUUUGGCUUCAGUUCAUCCGAAGCAGCAAGAAUCGAAGCUGACACUUGUGCCCUCGAUGCUGCUUUUAUGCCCGAUGUGGCAAGUUCGGCACAACUGCACCUACCACCAGAUAAUGGCCCUGGAAAUUCUCAAGAUUCUCCUCGAUCCUUGUCUCAGAUCCCGUGGAAUUUUAGCUUUACAGAUCUAACUGUGGAUAUGUCUAACUUGGCAGAGUUUGGAGCUCUUGGAAGCUAUCCUGGCUCCCCAUUUCUAGCUUCGGAUUCGGACCUUCGACUCAAUUCUCUGGAGCAUGAGACUAUAGUGGAAGAGUUCUUCGUGGAUUCUGAUCACAUCCCCAAGGAAGAGGCGACCGCGAAUAAUCUGCGGUCGCAAUGAUAAAGAUUUGUUCGGUAGAAUUGAAGAGAAGGAUGUUGAUAGAGAGAAAGAUAAAGAUAUGUAGCCUUUCUGGAAAUGGGUAGAUAUAUAUAUAUAUAUAUAUAAGAUAAUGGAUGGAUGGAUUGAUGUAGAAGAAGAAGAAGAAGACGACGAAGAAGCAGAAGAUAAUGUUGGUUAGUUUACUUUGUUAGGUCCUUGUGUAGUUGUGUUGUGUGUGCUGUAAUUAAUUUAUUUUCUAUGACGUAUGGGGUAAACAGAUAGCUGUAAUUCUUGUAGUUACAUGCUGUGCUGUGCUGUGCCUGUGUACUCAGUACUGUUGGAAUUAACAUCUCGUUAAUGUACUA